UAUGUUCAUCCCAUACUCAACAACAAACCGGUGCGGCUCCGUCGUUGUAUAAUGUUGCUUGUAUCAGCAGUUUGUUCUUAAAAACUACAUACAAAAAUGCUUAGCUUAUUCCGAAGAAUCGCCACACGGAGCUACUGCACCGCCCCGGCAUCACAAUUGGCCGAUGCCCUGUCUGCAUCCAUCGAUGGUCUGGAAAAGGACACGCUCACCAAGCUGUUUCAAAGCGCCCCCCAGCUGACCAAGUAUGCACCCGAGCUGUGGAACCGAACGCACAAUCUGAUGGCUCAGGAAGGCAUCGAUGCAGCGAACUUCCUCUCCAUCGUAACGGGACAUCCGGAAGUACUGACGAGGCCCCCGGGCCGGUUAAUCGCUAGCAUGAACUGUUGGCGAUCCUGUCAGUUCGGGGACCGGCAGAUGCAGGUCCUACUGGCCGCCCACCCCCAGUUGCUGGAUUUGAGCGACCAUAAUCAGCUGGCUCAGAGGGUGGCUUUUCUGCAUUCGUAUUUCGAAACGCGCAAGAACGUCUGGCGGUUGUUUCUGAACUGCCCGAACUUGGUCAUGGACAAGGAGAGGGAAAUUCGGCCCAAGAUAGACUACCUGCUGCAGACGAUGCGGAUCGAAGUGCUGGAAGUGGUCAAGUCGUGUGCCUUUGUGGCCGAUUUGGAGCUGAUUCGGUGUAGACAUGUGUUCUUGGAACGGCUGGGAUUGUUCAAGCCGAGAAGUUUGAAAGCGGAACCCGGUGAUCCGAGCAACAAUCCAAAGCUCCACCAGAUAACGGACACCACGGAUAAGCGAUUUGCGGUGAAGGUGGCCUAUGUGACGCUGGAGGAAUAUGAGGCAUUUGUGGAGCUUUUCCGGAAAGAGCUAAAUCGGUUGGGCGAAGGUAGCGAGGAGCUGGAUGCGGACGAAGAACUGUACGAGAUGGACGAUGGCGUGGACGAAGAUCGACAGGAAAGGAAGCAGAAAUAUCGCAAGAAAACGAGGAGAAAUUCUUCGCGUUAAAAAGGUAAGGGAUAUAUGUGCUUCUGUGUAAUAUAAAAUUAGAUGCAAGA